CACGGGACGUGUGAGUGGUAUGAAACAAGCGGUAGUAACAAAGGUUCUGCAACACAGCAAUACUCUAGUCUGCAGUCAUGAACGGCUACACAAGCAUAUCUGUGUUUUUCUUGCACCUCUAACAGAGACUCUGUCUCACACUCUUCGGGCGUGUUGCAUCACGCAUAAUGUCCGCUGUAAACAUCACAACGAAAUUGCGUAACAGCUUGCGAGGCAACUGCUGCACCGAAGUACUAACAUUGUUAUGGAGCCGAGGAUACCGACCGCCACCUCAUUCAGCAAACCAGACUUGCUUGCGCUUAAACAUUCCACAACUCACAUUGUGGAUGUAGUCAUUUGUGACGGGUACCGAAUGGAAUGUAUGUACAAAUUGAAAGCGGAUAACUAUGUGUCAGUGGGGAAUGCAACAGCCAUAUCGCGAUAUAUACGAGAACAAUCUCCUGUGACGAGGAAUAUUAUUCACCACCCAGACAUUAUCAGUAAACGAGAGCUGUUAUACUCCACUUCAGCCAAACGGCUUACUGCACUCGGAUUGACAUCACUUGAAAUCUCUGACCACUGUGUUUCGACGCUUCAUCUUACUCAGCAGGUGUAAAACGCCUACAUGCGAGACGCUUUAUCACGCCUUACAUAACAUACAUCCCAUCACACACGGUGACAGUUGACGCGAUUCCGACCACUGUUUGGUGUUGUUAUUGCA